UACACAGAAGCUGGUUUGUCAGGCGCCAAUAAAAACGACGACGAAGAAGAGAAUCGUCACAUCCGGUUACGCGGAGUUUUAAGUACCCAGCGCCAAAAAAACAGUUUGGUUAGACAGACAGCAAAGCAGUUUCUGAUGUGUACGACAGUGGAUACUGGAGAAAUUAUCAUCCUCAGUGAUGAUGAUGAUGAUGAUGAUGGACAUGAGGAACCCUCAGUCCUCAUUGUAGAAGUGCAGGAUUUGAAGAAGAAUGAUGUUGUGUUACCUCAAGGUCCUCUGGAUGAAGACCUGGUGGUUACCUUCUCCCGCCGCGCUGAGGUGCUGCCUCAUGCACGUUAUGACUGCCCCAUACACCCUUUCAUGGCUACAGAUCAUGAGGUCAGUGGUCCUGUGGCCAGUAACCAGCUCAUUUGUGAUCAGUGCUUCUGCUACAUCUGCGACAAGCUGGCGUCUUUGUGUGUUGUGUGGUGUCAGGGUGGCGUGUGUCACUGCAACAGCCACAAAAGGAGCGACUUCUGGAACAACAUCCGAAACGGAGCAUUGCUAGGAUGGCUGAAGACUUUCAACCUCUCUCUGUCUGAAGUAGACCAUCACCUCCGACUUGCGGACACGAUGCUGCGGAGCUUCAGACAAGAACUCUCUCAACUGUUUUCCUCCUUCCUGAUGGGAAAGAUGCCUCAGGAAUAUGGUCUGGACCUACCAAACAACCAGUGUGUCAUCUAUGAUUACAGACCCGUGUAUGAGUUUGUGUCUUCGUUCUUGGACAAAGCAGAUAAGCAGGGUGGCAGAGCUGCUGCCAUCAUGAGACUUGGAGCUGCUGAAUACUUUAGUCAACAUUUUAGAGUCCCAGGGACCUUAGUAGCUCCCAUGGCAGAUGUUGCUGAUGCCAAAGUGGCCUUACUGCAGAGAGUUGUAGUAUCAGUGCAGAGACAGAUGGUGAUGGGUGAUCUGACUUCAGAGUUUGCUCAAAAACUGCAGGCUUUUUACAAGACAUUUAAUUUCCACGCUGAGCUGAAGAGCAUGAGGAACAGCCUUUGUAUUCGUCCCUGGGAUGACAUCCUACUCAUGUCUGUGCUGAAGGGGCAAAACGUGUCGGGCGUUCGUAAAGACAAAGGCAAGAAAGACAUCCUAAUCGAACAGUUUGCUGUGAUUCUUCUGAGAACAGAACUACUACAGCGCCAGCGCAGGUACAGAGAGUUGCAUCGCUACCUGCGAGUCGUCCUGGUUGAAGGACACAAACUUGGCUUGCAGCAGCUUAAAGACCUCAUCCCUUUCUUCAAGUGCAUGGAUAGAGACUUGAUGUCAGCUGUGCACAGUUUGUUCCCCUCACUGAAUGGCCCCGCCUCCCGUCUGUCGACCUCUACGUAUCAUCAGGAUUUGGACUGA